AUGACAGACAAUGUGCUCGACGUGCCGGGUACCGCACGUAUAUACCAAGAACAAGGCGAGAUAGUCCAAAACGCAGUCACCUUGAUCCCCGCUCCGAGCAAGAGUCCCGAUGAUCCUCUAAAUUGGACUCAAAAGCGAAAGUAUCUAAUGCUCAGCUGUCUUGUGUUCUAUACGAUCACGGCAACGAUUUUAUCGUCCGAUCUUUACUCAGUCUUCGACCCGCUUUCCACCUCUACCGGUUUAUCAUUAGAUCAACUCAACGUAGGUACGGGCUAUUUAUACCUAUUCAUCGGUGUCUCCACCUUGAUCAGUCAACCAGCUUCUUUGGCUUUCGGUAAGCGACCCACCUACCUCAUCUCGGCCUUUGGUGCUGCGCUAGUGAAUAUUUGGACCGCUUUCGCGAAGGGAAACUCCCAGUGGAUCGCGAGUCGAUUACUAUUGGGUUUCUUCAUAUCACCUUCCUUCACUUUGGUCGAGGUUUCAAUUGCGGAUGUGUUCUUCCUACACGAACGAUCCUUCCCUCUCGGAUUGUACAUCAACUUCCUUUUCGGAGGGGUAAGUUUGGGACCUAUCCUGAGUGGAUACAUCUACGAAGGUUUGGGAUGGCGAGCGAUCAUUUGGUUGUCGACCGGCUUGACUGUUAUUAUGGGACUUGUCCUCUUCUUCUUCCUCGAAGAGUCAACGUUUGAGCGGGAUCACGAUGUGGCAAGUUCCACCUCUGUCAUCACUUCAGCAGCGCCAUUCGAAGGCCAACCAGAAGAGGAAGAUCCCAAGAACGCCGACAAGGCUGAUAGAACAACAACCAAUGUCGAACACGAAGCGUCACACUUGUCACAAGUCGAGGACAUGACCAUCACCGAUGCGACGCCUUUUACACCUUCCCCUUGGCCCGGUCCCCGAUUCUGGAAGUUCAUGAAGCCUCACAGAUACGCUCUGGGGAUCAUUAUUAGGGGUCUCGCUCAACCGUUGAUGCUCUACAGACUACCUUUGAUAUGGUGGAGCGGUUUGAUGUACGCAACGUAUCAGAUUUGCUUCAAUUUGAUUGCGGCAAUAUCCUCGGGUAUCUUGGCGGCACCUCCAUACAACUUCUCAACAAGUGCAGUCGGAUUGACCUUUUUAUCUCCUUUCCUGUCCGCUAUCCCAGGUGCAGUAUAUGGUGGAUAUAUCACCGAUAAAUUUGUCCUACGGCAAGCCAAAAAGCAUCAUGGUAUCACGGAAGCCGAACACAAGCUCAAGCUCUACAUUAUACCGGCUGUUUUAUGUCCGAUUGGCCUACUGAUGAUGGGUCUUGGCCCAUACUACGAAGCUCAUUGGAUAGUUUACGUCUUGGGUUGUGCUAUUGUCAAUCUUAUCGGACCAUUGGCGACAAUCUUGACCGUCUCAUAUGUCUUUGACUGUUAUCAUCCGAUAAGACCCAAAAAUGAACACGGUGUUCAAGCUUGUGCUCAAGAUAUGGCCCCAUACCUACUCAGUACUAUUCUGUUGGCCAUGAUCUUCACAUUCGGAUUUAAUUAUGUUAUUACGCCUUGGUGUUUCGGUUGGGGAUUGAGAAAUUUCGCUAUCUCGUCGGCCUUGAUCAUUACCGUCAUCAACGCUACUGUUUUGGCUGUCUUGAAAUGGGGUAAGCGACUUCGAAGAAUUGGAGAACACACAUACCGGAAGAGCAUCGAUUGGUAA